AUGGCCUUGGGCAAGGUCUACGUCGGCGGUUUGCCCGACGAUGCUACUUCGAAAGAGGUCGAGGACGCGUUCUACAAGUUUGGCCGCAUCUACAAGAUUGCCGGAGAAAGCUGCCAAGGACUCCUCACUGGGCUCGUUACUGCAGAAGAGGAGCGUCUCGAGAUUACCAACUGUUUUGCUACGGCAAGAAGCGAACCCGUGCUCGACGACGAGAGCGCCCAACCGACGAACAAUCAAAAUGAAGAGGUGAAGCAGCAAGAAAUGUUGGACAUGCUCCGAAAGUUCCGAAAUAUGAACAUUGACUACGAAUUGGUCGGAUUCUAUCAGGUGCAUCCGUUUGGAGCCUGCUUCAAUCAAGAUUUGGUCGAUUCUUUGAACGAGUACCAGACUAGUUUCAAGGACGGCGUUGUGCUGAUCUACGAUCCCGUGAAAACCCGCCAGGGCCAGCUCAGCCUCAAAGCCUACCGUUUGUCGGUAGCAGCGCUUGAUCUGUGUGCCAAAGGCGAUUGGAGCCCGGAAGCUGUGAAAGCAGUGAGCCUCACUUAUGAAACGAUGUUCGAGGAGCUCCCAAUCACAAUCAAGAACAGCCGGUUGACGAAUGUAAUGAUUGCGGAAUUGGCGUUGGCUCCAGGCAAGGUUCCCGAAAAGACCGCCGCGCAUUUGGAACUUGGAACAAAGAGAUCUUUGGAGAAGUGUGUGCGUACAAUGAUGUCUAAUAUUGAUGAGAUGAACAAGAGCAUUGGCGCUUUCACCAAGUACACAUCCGAGAAGCAGCGCCACGAUGCCAACAUUUUCAAUAUGACUCAGAAGCGGGAAGUCGAGAACGAGCAGCGCAAGCAGCGCGGUGAACCGCCAAUUUCUUUCGACGACAUCAAGCGAUUGAAAGGACCGACACUUCAGACGAAAAACGGCAUGCUCGAGUCCUUCCUCGCCAGCGCGGACACUGAGGCUUUGGCUGAAUUCUGCACAAAGGUUACCGGUGAGAACAUUGCGAAGCUCUUCCUCGCCGAAGCGAUCGCCAUUGACAAGCGGGACACAAAAGACCGAAGCACCAGCUCAGUCUCCGGUCGU